AUGGAGAUGCGCACAUGCUUUGGUGCUAAGGUGCUGCUGGUUGGCUUGGUGAUCGGACUGGCCAACCCUCGUGCGUGGAUCGGUCAUGGCAAGCCGCGGGAACGGUUGACAAGGCAUGUAGCAACCCACGCGAGUUCAAGCACCACUGAGGGCUCGAGGCCGACGGUAGCGGUGGUGGGGGCCAAUGGCCGAACAGGCUCAUUGGUCGUCGAGGCUUUGCUGAAAGAUGGUUUGGCCAAGCCUGUGGCCGUAACCCGGAGCGGAUCUUGGAACGCGAUGGACGACAGCACCAAUGAUGUGGAAGUUCGCCAGGCUGACGUCACGGAUCCAUCCUCUUUGGUAGCAGCUUUGGCGGGCGUAUCGGCAGUGGUUUUUGCGGCUGCGUAUUCGCGUGGCAAGACGGAGCCGAAAGAUGUAGAUAAUGAAGGCUUGGUCAACUGUGCCAAGGUGGUUCUUCAAGACAAAAUCGAGCGUCUCAUCGUUGUCAGCAGCGCGUCGGUAACCAGACCGUUCGCUCCGGUUGGAAUUUUGCUAAACACGAUUGGGUCCGGAGUGUUGAACGAGAAGCUGGAGGGCGAAAAUCGGAUCAAGGAGAUGUUGCAAGGAAGUGAGUCAUCGUACACGAUUGUUAGGCCAGGCGGGUUGACCAAAGACCCAGCAGAUGGUUUCUUGGAGCUGCAGUUCAACCAGGGUGACACUUAUGUGGGAAACGUGGCUCGAGCCGAUGUUGCUGCUGUCUGUGCGGUGGCUGCAACGGAUCCGCUGAACAGCGGCGCUAAUAAAACCUUUGAGAUGUUCAAGGCACGAACUCGAAAUCCACUUCUGCCUUGGUUCCGUGGCAAAACGAGAUAUGUCAUUCCGGGGCUUCGUGAUUGUGGCGCCAUGCUGGCCAGACUCAGGCCCGACAAGGAAGUCUACGACGUGCCGGGACAGUGGCCCCUGUCGCUCGACGACUUCAAGCUGAACCUGCCUCAGAAGUGA